CGCCCCCAUUUCUCAUUGUCAUAAUUAUAUUUAUCAGGCGAUGGAUGAGACGACGGAACGGAUAGAUAGAGAGAAAGGAAGGAAAGAUAGAGAGAGAGAGAGAGAGAAGCAGUUCUUGGUGACUCACACACGCACACUAACAACAAACCAAAGAAGAGUUCUCUCUGCCCUGCCGAUUCGAAUCUCCUCUUUCCCUUCACCGGCCGGCGAUCGGAGGAGCAUCAAUUGGGGAACUGCUUGCGGGGGAGGAGGAGAAGAAGAAGGAGCGAGAGCUAUUGCGAGAAGUCAACACCUCUCUCUCUCUCUCUAUAUAUCUUUCUGCUGACGGUUCUUGGGGGCGGAAAAGUGGAGAGGGGAGUAUUGCGUCCGGAUUAAGGAAACAAGAUGAAUUUGGAGAGAGCGGCGGCGGCGGCGGCGGGGACGGCGGCGAAGGGAUACGGGAGCGUGGAGAGCGAGUACAUUCGGAGGCACCACAGGCACGAUCCUAGCGAGCAACAGUGCAGCUCCGUUCUCAUCAAGCACAUCAAAGCUCCGGUUCAUCUGGUUUGGUCGCUGGUUAGGAGAUUUGAUCAACCGCAGAAGUACAAGCCAUUCAUAAGCAGAUGUGUAGCGAGGGGAAACCUCGAGAUCGGGAGUCUCAGAGAAAUCGAUGUCAAGUCAGGGCUUCCAGCUACUACCAGUACCGAAAGACUAGAGCUUCUAGAUGACGAGGCACAUCUCCUCAGCAUGCGCAUUGUUGGUGGUGAUCACAGGCUAAAGGUUAACUAUUCGUCGAUUGUCUCUCUCCACCCAGAGAUCCUCGACGGAAGGCCAGGGACGUUGGUGAUCGAGUCGUUCGUGGUGGAUGUGCCUGACGGGAACACCAAGGACGAGACUUGCUACUUCGUUGAAGCUCUGAUCAAAUGCAACCUGAAGUCGCUGGCUGAUGUAUCUGAGCGACUUGCAGUACAGGACAGGACUGAGCCAAUCAACAGGGUCUGAGAGGGAGAGAGAGUGUGUGAGGCAUUUAUGCUGCUCGCGGCUGGCUGAGAGACUGUAAGAAGAUGCACGCACUAAUAUGAUUGCAGAUGAUGAUGGAUGGAUGAAGCUCUGGAUGACUGCUCUCGUGUAAGAUUUGGUUCCAUUCGAGAUGCUGCUGCUGGCUACUGCUGUUUCUUUAACUUACAAUGCUGCUGGGUUCUCCCUCAGUGACCACAUUGCUAUUUUUUCUUUUAAUCCCUCAUUUUAUGACGCUCAUGAAUCUGAGAGAAGAGUGAAAAUGGAAACUCAGCUCCCCUCGUUUUUGUAUUCUUCUUUUUCGUCCCACCAUGUUCAGCGUCUGGUUUGUUCUUCCAGUGUUUCUGUGAGUCGUUGUGUAGUAGUUGCUGUUGAUGUACAUAGCGUUUGCUUGACAUCAGAGCACCUUGCUCUUUGUUUUUUGGUUUGUUAUUAGUGUAAUUCUAGGUUUUAGAGUGUAGUGCGAUUGGGCGAAAAACUCGUGGAUCUAGUGUAGAAGCGAACUCUCGUGUUGAAGGUACCUAUGAAAUUUAGCUGUUGAAGAAACUGUUCUUGCUCCUCUUUCUGCACUUAGCACCUCCUUUCUCUUUGUAUCUCAGCCAGUUUACUGGGAUAUUUGGAGUUGGAUAAAUCGAGGGUAUCGGAGCUUUG